GUUAUCUUCGUAUUUUGUUGUUUUGUUACUUAACUAUUUAACUACUUUAGUUCUUAAUUCUUUGAUAUUUCUCAGAUUCUCACAAUAAAGUGAGGUGAGUGUACCUAGUUGUGCAUAAUAUGUCACAGCAGCUAGAAUUAUUAAUAGAAAAUCAAUUGCAAUGGACUACGGUAUCAUAUGUUGCACCAGAAUUACAGAUGAAGGAAAUAAAACCGUUUGUAUUAUUGUCCCUUAAAGAGUUAGAAGGCAAACCAGACAGUAGAACAUCAAGUUUGAUGAAUAUAGAUAAGUUUGCUGCUGUGAGAGCAGUAGUUCGACAUGUUUCAAGGCUCAGGUCAGCUACCAAGGUGGCAUGGAGUGAAGAUGAUAUGAGACUGUUCUUAGAUGGGCUUAAAUUUCCACCCGAAUGUGUGAAUGAAUUGGUUGGACUGUUUUGCAGAGAUGACCUAUACGAGAAUAUACCGAAACAUUUAAGGAUUAAACCGGGCAUAUCUGGAGUGCAAUGGAAAAUUGAUGUUUCUUUAAGUCAAAAUAACAUCAGAAAUGAAAUGGCAUCCGCUGAAAGUGUUAAAGAGAUAAUGUACAGAGAUACACAGGUUAUAUUGCAGUUGCAACUGACAGAUGGCGCCAGUUAUGUGUAUAGAUUGAGUCUAAGCAAAUUCCAUGAGAUGAGGUACACAAUAGCGAACGCUUUGAAGAGUAUUAUUGUAUUGGAGAAGAGGAAGUGUAUGCGGGAAUGACAUCUGUGGUAGAAGACUCAUAUUCAAAUUCAAAUAUUUUUAUUCAAAAUAGGAUGUGAUCACUUAUUGAAAGUCAAAAACUACGACCCAUUACAAAGAGAAUGUCUCAGACCUGAGAAGAAUGGGCGCAACAAACUCAGCAGGCUUUUUUUUUCAUCAAAAAGUUAGUCAAAGUAAUAUUGUACAGUUAAACUUAUUAUUUAAUAGCCUGAGGGCGGUCGCUCCAUUCCCAAUCUGUGGAAUCAUUAAGAAAGUAAUUUAUGUUAUAGUAACCUUUAUCACACCUUUUUUUAACAAUUCUUUUGAAUAUCGUAAUACUUUUGUUUUCAACAUUUUCUGGGAUCUUGUUAUAAAAGAAUAUACCGCCCCACAAAAGACUUACUCACUCGACUUAGCCGAGUAGUGGGCAUAACAAGUUUAUGUUUGUUCCUCGUGUUAAAAUUAUGAUUGUAACAGUUACACAUAAUAGACUAUACAACGGCCAACGAGACGAGAUAAAGAAUGUAAACAAACGGACCGUUACUGAGUUACAUUGAUAUAGCGAAUGAUUAUUAUCGAUGUCUCUAUACUAGUACGCAGUAAUGUCGUCAGUUGGUCGAGGGCAGCUUUCGUUGCAUGUUUCGUGGUACAAGAAAGCAGUCAGUACCGCAGUUAUCAACAUUUGGUCCGCCAUUUUGUGAAAAUAUUUAUUCCUGUUUGAAUUAUUUUAUUUAUUACUUAGUGUUUUUGUUAUUAUUAAUCCAUUACUGUUAUUGUGAGUAGUUGUUGAUUUUAAAUAUGGAAUUACAGCCUGGAAGCUCUAGACAAUCUUUGAAAUAUAUCAAUUCUUUUCAAUAGUCAAACGUAUAGAUGAAAAUGUUUUGAAUCCCUGAAUUUUUGUUUACAUUUUUUAUCUCGUCUUGUUGGCCAUACUGGCACUAAAAAGAGAUGCCUUUGUACUGUUUAUGUCCGCGACAUAUACGAUAUUCUAUCCUUAAAUCAUAUCACGGUGAGCUACGUUAUAGCGUUGAUAGUAAUAGGUCGCUUGGCAUUGUUAGGGCAAGUGUAAACGGUACUGGCACGCCUCCUCUCGUAACUAUGUAGGUGGGACGUUACUACACAGCCGAUAGUGUUAGCCACAAUCCCUCGUCACAAUGUUGAAUUUACAUAAAAAUAGUUGUAUGCGUCUACAAAUAUCGCAUGCGAUUUAAACGUUAAACUAAUACAUUGUCAUACUUUAAACAACAAUACUCACAAUCGCCUAUUAAAAGGUCGCCAAAAUGUCUAAGAGGCGUGGUGUAGAUCUACAUAUUUACUUUUAACUUAAAGUUAAAACACUCAUUCAAAUUAACACCUUAUUUCGUGGCAGUAAAGUUCAGUCUAUUGUAUACGCUCAUUGAUUGUAUGGAUGUAUUUUGUUUAAAAAAGUAAAACGAUUAAAAAGUUACAUCAUUUUGCUAAUUUAAAGUGGCAUUUACCGGAAAUAUGACACUCCAUCCUUUUUAAAUUUUUAGAUGCUAUUAUUUGGACAGUUUUGCGUGGCGUUGUAUUCAAAGCGCGGUCAAAACACAACUGAACGAAAACUGCCCAAUAGACGCGUAGGAUUUGCUUCAGACAAUUCUUGAGGGUGUUUGUGAGUCUAAUUAACAUUGAAUAGUGAAAUUUAAUAAAAGUGCGUGCUAGUUCGAUUAUUCGAUAGAACUUGGCAAGGAAAUAUACUAGUGUAAUACUGACAGUGGGGCAACGUCGCGGCGUUUUGAGAGAGAGUUGGCAACGCCUUUUGUAACUGUAUUGCGGCUGCGGUACUGUGCUGUCAAGCGCCCUUAUGUAAAGAUGAUAUCGCUAACAUCAAGGGCCAUUAUGUUCCAGUCAAUUAUAAUCAUAAAAAAAAAUGUGAUUUCCUUAUAAAGAACAAACUAGACAGUCGUCUAAAUCCAUAAAUAAUGUAGGUAGAUAAAAAUGUUUGUAAGCUUUUAAAGCUAUUGUUGUGGUUUAUUAUAUUUGAAAGAUUCUGUAAUUGUUGCCAAAAUAUCACUGUUAAAAUCUUAAUUAUAGAUGUAAGGUAAAACUGUCCUGUAUAAUAUUCUAACAUAUUCGUAUUCUUUAAGAAAAGUUAUUCAAUAAGUGCGCACGUGUAGAUCGUAUACGAAAACUGACUAACCAAUGUGUUACGAAUCCAUCGCACCAAAAAGUGACACGUACGAUUAAAUUAAAUGAGAUUUACAAAACUAACGUAAAUAUUACACUUAGAUACACAAUUAGCCAAAGUAAGUAGGUACGAAAUUCUCGCGUCUAAAUGUGAAUUGUAAGGUGCAACUGGAGUUACUUAUUUUAAGUAUUUAAAUGUAACUUUAUUUAUAUUAUGAAUUUUUUAUAUACACAUUGUUUGCGUAGAGUUGUUUAGUAUAAGAUCAUACAAUAUAACACCCUGCGCUUGACAACACCUGUGUCCCCUGUACACCUGAACUCCUAUGCAUUUGACGAAAAGCGACGUACGACGAUCGCUGCUCCGAGAUUUGUUGUGAUAAGUAUUUAUCGACUCUCGGCUAACAAACUAUGGUAGUAAUAAUUCUGUGCCUUUACAUUCCAUUUCUGUGAUAUGAACAUAUGUAUAAGGGCUCACACACACGACGGAGCAAGCUUUAAUGAAGCUCAGCGUAAAAAAAAUCAAGUUGAUUAGUUCUCUUUGUGCAAAAUGUUAUUUUUUUUAAAUACUAAGUCUGUUACAAGAAUCUUAUAAUUUAUAAUAUAAUUUUAUAACUGAGGGGCAAAAUGCUCAGCUAUAUCCAUUAGAGCGCGUGCAACGCAGAGCUGCUCGAAUUGUCGGAGACCCAGUGCUCUGUGAACGGCUGGAUCAUUAGGCGUUGCGUAGAGACGUCGCUUCAUUGUGUGUCUUCUACCGCAAUUAUCACGGGGAGUGUUCCGAAGAGCUGUUUAACCUGAUUCCUGCCGCCGAAUUCCACCUUCGCACGACACGCCACAAGUUAGGAUAUCAUCCCCACCAUCUGGAUGUGUGGCGGUCUUCCACAGUGUGAUUUUCAAGGAGCUUUCUUCCUCGUACUACAAACCUGUGGAAUGACGUUCCUUGUGUGGUGUUUCCGGGACGAUACGACAUGGGUACCAUCAAAAAAAGCGCGUACACCUUCCUUAAAGGCCGGCAACGCUCUUGUGACCUGUACGCUCGUUUGUCCUCCUAUUCCAUAAACAAAAAUCUACACAAAGAAAGUCUUAUAACGAUAUCUGUUAAUUUUAAUGUAGAAUUCUGAACAUAAACAUCGUGUGUGUCAGCCCUCAAGUAUUUAAUAAGAAAAUUAUUUUCUCUAUUCUUGGUAAUUGUUAUUUAAUAUGUUUGUUAGUUUCGUGUUAAGACAUAAACCGUUAUAAUGUAUUACUGAUUCAUCUAGUUUUUCAUACAAUCAUAAUAUGUAAUAAGUUGUUUAUGUAAACAAUAAUUACUAUAACCGUUGCUCUGUAAAGAGCUUUAUAUGUAAAGAUGUUUUAUUUUAUAUUCAAUGAGUGAAUAUAAAAUGAGUGUAUAGGCAGGGUUGCCAGAUUAUAAUUUGAUAAAAGAUUGGUCGAAAAAUGAGGAUUGUUUGUAAAAAAGGAGAGAGAAUUCACAACUAAAAUUUUUUUUUCGCGUUAUUUUAAUGAUAUUAAGCUGAGCUGCCAAUUUUUACAAGAAGUUCUUGAGUUUUCAAGAAAUAAUUAUGUGAAUUUUAACAAGUCAUGUUUUUGAACUUGUAUCAUCUAAGAAUUUAAGAUUUAACUGACUGCACUUACCGCCGUUCCCAAUAUAUUAUCUACAGAUAGAGAUAAAUUACUACCUUCAACUGUCAGUAAUUAUCUGUCAAUUAUCUGAAGCUGUCCCAAUAUACCCAAUAAGUCUUUCUUAUCGCCUUAUAUUGAGACACGUGAAUUGCAAUUUCCAUAUAAAUUUCUAGCGCUGGUAAGCUAUACGUCGUCCCAUUGACAGACAGCGUGUACGGAUAGGGUGAGUUACCGUCGAUAUUUUAUUGGGACAGAAAAGUCAACGAUAGUUACGUUUUUUUAUCUCAAGUAAGCCACAACCGGAGAUUGACUGAAUAUUGGGAUUCUCGUUAGUCUAUACCUCUUUUUGAGUAUUAAACAGUGAAAACCCUACCCUAAAAAAUUUCGCGAGCAGGAGAAUUUACCUACAGCAGGUACGUAAGGGAGGACAAGAGGACAAAAUUUUGGAUUUUUGGAUACCAUCUGGCAACCCAAAGUUAAAGCUGUCGAAUGAAAGAUCAAGAUAAAUUAUAUGAUCCUCCGGCACCGUUCCUGUGAUUCCUCUGGUGGGGCAAGAUAAUGUGGCCGGCGGUGAUCACUUAACACCAGGUGACCCGUGCGUUUGUUUGUCCUUUUCCAUAAAAAAAAUGAUAUUGUCAAUACUGCGAAAAAGGGUUAAAGAUGAAUUAUUAUACAAUGAUAAUUAUGUAUUUGAAUGUAUGAAUUGAUAUAAUGAUAUGUAAUAUAUAUUAUUUUUGUAACUAAAAUAAAAGCAUAAAAAUUUAA